AGAGCAAGAUAUCUCGAAUCUCGAUUCUCGAGUUUGUUUUGUUGUCGAGUCUGCAAAAACUUUUCCAACAUGGCAGCCGCUAGAGCAGUAAAAAUUUUGCCCCAUGUGAAAGAGAUUCGGAUUCAUCUUUGCCAAAAGUCAGACGCCAGCAAAGGGGUUAGAGAUUUCAUUGAAAAGCAUUACAUCGACUUGAAGAAAACCAAUCCCAAAACACCUAUCCUCAUCAGGGAAUGCAGUGGUAUCCUGCCAAAAAUCUGUGCCCGACAUGAGAAAGGCCUGGAAGUAAGUGCCCCAGUAAUGAACCUGUCUGCUGAGAAAGUUCACUCAGUUUUGGAAAGUCUUGUUCUAAAGAAGUAAAAUAUUGUUCUUUAUUUGUAGAAGUAUUGUGUAAAUAGAAAAGUUAGGAUGAAAAAUUUACACAGUCCUUGCCAUA